AUGCCCAGUUAUGAUUGUUUUCCAUUUUUCGCUGAAAAGGAUUGGAGUUUUUGUGGGAGGAAGAGUUUGGAGUUUUUGAGAGAGAGGAGUGCGCUGUCAUCUGAGAAAUGGGGAUUUUUAACUACGGUUUCAGAACAUACAAUUCAGUCAGGAUGUUUCUAUGUGUGUAUAGUCCAAGCUGCCCUCAUUGCUACAGGAGCUCCAGAAAAUUUAGUUGAAGUAAUAAUUGGAUUUGAUGAAACAGGAGAAGCACUAGUGUCAUCAGUAGAUAAAAUCAUAUUUGUUGGAUCACCGUGUGUGGGUAGAACGACUCUGGUAAAUGAUGCCCUUGACAAAAGAGCUAAAAUUGCUGGUCGCGUAAGUGUUAGAAAUAUUGGUGAAUGUACUGUUGAUCAAUACUUUCCUCCUACUGUGAUUAUAAAUGUAAACCAUACUAUGAAACUGAUGCAGGAAGAGGCUUUUGGACCGAUUAUGGCGAUGAUGAAAUUUAGUUCCGAUGAAGAAGCUAUUGAACUUGCAAAUGAUUCAUAA